CACGGAAAAGCUCGCCAUCGAGGAUUAUACGGUUUUUUCAGGGAUUCUCAAGCCAGGCGGCGAUUUUUGGUAGGUUGCGAACGAACAUGAAGUGAAUGUACAAAAUCAGACGUUGCCAAAAUAUCCCAUCCUUGCCUUCAAUCUCUCAGAAAUCCAACAUCUAUCCCACACUUGAAGACAAGGUCAAUUUUCUUCGCGCAUUUACUAUUGUGCAAUUAUGAGUAGUCAAGUCUCUUCUCAUCCUUAUUAUCCUUUGGAUGCGCAUAUUAAGGAAUAUGCUCCCAACGAGACUUCAAUCCAACGCCUUCUCACUACCUCCAGCAUCGCAGCCUCUGUCAUUCUAGGAGGGACUUUGACUUGGGCCAGCUUCAUGCGACCAAGUCUGUCAAAAGCAGACCGGUUUGCUAUUCUGUGGUUUGUUCUCUCUGGGACAAUACAUUGCUUUUUUGAAGGCUACUUCAUAAUCCACCAUGACCACAUGGCUUCUGCGCAGGACUUCCUCGGCCAGUUGUGGAAGGAAUAUGCGCUCUCUGACUCGAGAUAUAUGACUUCGGACACCUUGGUUCUGUGCCUGGAGACGAUGACAGUGUUUAUUUGGGGCCCUCUGUGCUUUUUCGUAGCAUACCUGAUCCUCAACCAACAUUCACUCCGUCAUCCACUACAGCUGAUUGUCUGCAUGAGCCAUCUGUAUGGUGAUACAUUGUACUAUGCGACGAGCUUAUACGAUCACUAUGCCCAUGGACGGUCUUACUGUCGGCCUGAAGCUUACUACUUUUGGAUCUAUUACUUUCUCAUGAACUUCAUCUGGAUUAUUAUCCCCUUCUAUAUUGGAGUCCCCCUGGGAUUAUAUGACACCAAUUCUGUACGAGAGAAGGUCCGCGGGGUCAUCACUGCCACCGAUGUUGUUUACUACGAGGACGACGAUGAAAAUUCGACGAGCGAAGCGAAAUCAAAGCCCGUUAAGGAUACUACGAGGAAGCGCAGCAACAGCACUCCCAGAAAACGCCUGAUCAGCGAUGAGCAUUGGAAGCUGAAUCGGACUUCCGCUCAAACCCCAACGCCGAAACUACCGCCCCCGAAGCGUAUUUCCCAACUGGGGCGAAAAGAAGGUCGGAAGGAUGGAGAAGAGCGAUCGGCGCCAUCCUCACGCAGCCGCGACAGGGAGAGAGCUGGAGGCGCAUCUGACUCGACUAUCAAGGAGCGUAGGAAAUCUCGAGCCUCUCGAGAUGUGGAUUCGGCGACCGAGAGCAAGACUGAGGAUGAGGUGCAGCAGAGGGGGUCUUCGAAGUCUACUUCGCGGCCAGGGACGGCAAAUCGCUCUCAAUGUGGAGAGGCAUUGGAGCCGCUGGAAAGUUCAAAGAAAAAGGGAGAAGUGACUGAGGAGGAUGCGGAUUGGGCAGCAAGUGAAGCAGAUUUCUCGGAACUCUCGAGAAGGCGGGCGCGAGGCCCUGGCCCUAAGACUCCGCCGAAGUCUCGCGCGCCACUCAAGCCCCUAAGGCAGUCGCGAAAGAUGUUCGCGCGACCGGAGCCUCCCAAGCCAGCUCCUACUAGGGGAUCCAAAAUUGAGGCCUGGCUCUCUAGUACUUCUGAUCCGUUCCUGGAAGACAUGGAUCCCGACGUGGAAGUUCCUGCACCCUUAAACACUAGGACGAACCGAGCGAAACCAUCGCAUAAACGGGAGGACAAACAUGACCGCAACGCCGAUUCUGAACCGUCCCCUGAGAGCGAGAGUCUGAGGAGGAGUACAUCCAAACGACAUGGGCGUAGCAGGGAAGGCUCAGCCACCAGUGAGAGAAAGAAAUCUGAGGAGAGGAAAAUUUCCUCGAAACAGCUGAGAGAUGACUCUUCUCCUAUCCACAGGAAGAAAUCCAGCGAACCCAGGCAUAGCAGAUCAUCAUCAGGUGCAAAGGAGGCUACCACCCGUGAUACAGAUCUGAAGGCAGAUGAUCAUGACACAGAUACUCAGCCUUUCUCCGACGGUUCGGAGGUAUCCGGGAAUAACGCUCCUGUUCCUCUUAUCCGCAAACGACCUAUUCCUAGCACAGGCCUCCAUCGACUUUCAACUAUUGCCUCCAUUGAAACAAUGAGUGCAGAUGAUGCGGAGGAGAGAGAUCUGUUCGACCCAAAUUCGCUUCCUGUUGUCUCUUCUCAGUUGAAGAGGCGACUCACAACACAUGAUGAUCUCAUGUCUGUACUUUCAGUUCCAAAUACGCGCAGUAGAAGCUUACGCUCUGCUCGUAGCCUGCGAACGAACAAGAGCCGUGCAACUAAUGCUACCGUCGCUGACCUGCUCAAGGAGUUAGCGGCCGACGAAGUGAAAUACAUGCGCGAGCUCAAGACUCUCGUCGGCGGCGUAAUACCCGUGCUGUUGACUUGCGUCCUCUCGAGGUCAGACUCGGCUAUUGCGGCAGGUCUCUUUCGACCAUCAACUGAUCCAAAAGACGAGCUGAACUUUACUAAGCCGAUAGUCGAUAUGGGUGUGGCCAUCGAGCGUUUGAAGACGCUGCAUAAGCGAAUCCCGCAAGAUAACUCGGAUUCCUUGCUAACUUGGGCCCAGGGAGCUCAGCGAGUCUACCGUGAAUACCUUCGGGCCUGGCGAUUAGGCUUCAGAGACGUUAUCGUUAACUUGGCUCCUCUAGAAGAGGGUGAGGUUGCUCAGAAUGCUGAUACAAAGAGCUUGGAUGAGGGAAUGGCUCGAGACGAAAAUGGUGACGUGGUCAACAGCGAAGGUGAGAAGGUGGAUGUGGCUUAUCUGCUCAAACGACCGCUGGUGCGACUCAAGUACCUUGCGAAAACCUUCAAGGGCAUCAAUAUGCUCGCUCCGUCUGCUAAAGCGGAAGAGAUAGCCUCGGUCUAUCAGAAUCUGGUUACAGAAGCUCGUCGCCGCGCAAGAGAGGAACGGGCAAGACUUGAAGACGAAUCCGCUGCCAGUAUCGACUCGACUCGCGCGCGUGAUCCUGCAACUCUAGGAGCCCUUACUGAUGUGGCCAUCGACAAGUCUCGGCGCGUCCGCGCCCGUGACUUCUUCAAUCUGUCUCUGUAUCAUUCUACAGGCCAGGUCGUAGACUGUCGGGCGGAGCUUCUUUUAAGAGACAAUGGCCCAGGUAACGGGGCGGGCGGGGAUCUGCUGAUUUGUGAAAUUGACCACGCGGAUCGUUGGCUACUGUUCCCUCCAAUGGACCUGGCGUGCGUUUCUGCGCGUAAUGGAGACCUUAAGGGGGAGAUUGUGGUCAUGUUGCGUAGCCCUCCGGGACAAACGAAAGCGUGGCAGGAGUUGUUAUCGCUACGGAUCGAUGAGGAGGAUAUAGCAUUUGAAUGGGUUCAACUAUUGGGAGUGAACCCACCACCACCAGCCCUCUGUCGGACCCAGAGCUUCAUCGAGAGAGCAAAGCAACGACAAAGAGCGCAAACGGCUCCUUCAAGCGAUGUACCGCCGGCUCAAAAACGGCCACCAAGUCCUACAAGCGUGGAUAUACCUAUUGGAGAAAGGGCCACGUAUCGAACAGCUCGGCGGUCUUCAACCCCUAAAGAGUCCCUGUCGGAACCCAGCACUGUUUGUGAAACCACUUCAGCUAUUGAGUCAUCCGUCUGCUCUGCAGUUACUCGCGAGUCAGAUUACGCUUCAACACCACGAUCUCCACCAUCAAUACUCCACGCUCGUGAUCCGCGCAGGACUCCCCUUGUUGACGAAAGAGCGUCAGCCGGUCUGAAACGAUCGAAGGCUAAGCGAGUUCACCGACCUGGAGAGAGCUCCCCAUCAAGCCCUCAGAAAGAUGCGCUUUCAGACAAAGAGCAGGCGUCAGCGACUUCUCAUCGGGAUCGUCAAGAAGAUCAGAACCCUAUCCAAUCCCCAGUCGUUGUCCGCGAAAAGAAGCCUUACACGGAGCAGCAAUCUCCAAAAACUCCCAUAAGAGACACGGUUGAUCAGGGAUCUCCGCGAGUAUCGUCUGUGCCCUCAAUGGAUCUGCCCAGCAUACCCAAAAUCAGAAAGGGCAGUAGUCAAAGUUACAUAACGGAGUCGUUGGCUUCGGUAUCGGACGACGAAGAAUACGCUCCUGUGGACUCAUACAGUCUACCAGGAAGUCCCUCGAAAAGCAAGGGUCACUCUCGAUCGAACUCCGACUCGAGUCAAACGAACGACGAGCAGCCUCCGCCACCUCCUCCACACAGUCGCUCACCGAGCUCCACGGGGCCGAGUCUACCAAACACGCCUAGAAGGCGUGGAUCGUCGCCAUUGAAGCACGAAUAUGAGCCUUCCACAGCAUCAGAUACCUAUUCCGAUUCAGACACGUCGACCGUGCGACGCUACGACAUGUACUCGGAUUCGGAUGAUUACACUGCGUCGGACACGUCGGAUGGUGACUCUGAUGACGAGCUCGCUUCCUCAUUACCUUCUGCUGAUGCACACAACCUUGCCAAAUCGACUCUGGCCGCAUCAUCUAGCAGCUCGCUGUCACCCUCGAAUUCUGCAUCUCAGGCAAAAUCUUCUACUGCCGUUGCCUCUGUCUUUGCAUGGUCCGAAAAAGGGACAUGGGAAGCUAUAGCUCCCACUGACUGCAAAGUUGUAGCGUAUGAAAUGAGCUCCAAGGCCAUGUCGGGCAUGGAUGAUGAAGAGCAUAGAGGUCAAGGACAGCUACUGAUUGCCCUCGAGCUAACACCACUGGUGCCCAUCCGGCGGGGUACAGCCAUCGAUAUUAGCAAAUCGAAGAUCAAUUGGAGCAACAAUAUCAUGUUCCGCUCUCGGAAUGCAGACGAGUGCGAGGCGCUGUAUGGUCUCAUAAAUCAGGCACGUAUCAACAACCCAACCUACAUUGCUUUGCAAAACGCACGUGGCCCUUUUGCGAACCAACCCACUGGAAGGUGGUUCGGAUGGCCCCAACGCCGAAAGAGCUACCGCGCGUCGAAUUCGCCUCGUGUUGGAACCAUGAGUAGCGCCAAGAUGUUCAAUCUCUCGCGCUCGUCCAUCACUUCUCGGAGCGCAAAGGAGGAUAGCCUGCACUCAAGCUCUGCCGGCUCUGGUUCGCAUCAUUCAUCUUCCGGCAUCGGCAGAAUAGCCGCUGCCAUGAAGGGCGCCGAUGGAAUCGGCCUGUCCAACGCCAAGAUCCGGCUGUACGUACGCGAGACUCAAUCGAAGUGGCGUGAUAUGGGUGCUGCCAGACUCACAAUCAUGCCCGCUCGCUCUGCACCUCGCCGUCCAGGGACAUCUAGCAGUAGACGCAGUGAUACUAGCGUCGGUGCUGACGAAGGUAGCCCGCCAACCUCUGGAUCCAUCUCGCCUCGGCAGGCCACCGAACCGGAGAAGCGCAUCGUCGUUCGUGGCAAAACACGUGGCGAAGUACUGCUUGAUGUUUGCUUGGGUGAGAGUGCUUUCGAACGUGUCGCACGGACCGGUAUUGCCGUGUCUAUCCCAGAGGCUAAUGAUGGAGCCAUGCCAAAAGAAGGUGGUGUCAUUGGCAAAUUUUCGAAGAUCUAUAUGAUUCAGAUGAAAAGUGAAGCUGAGGCGGCAUACACGUUUGGACUUGUUGGAAAGCUUAGAUAUUAG